AUGGCCCUCGGGGCCGAGACGGGCCUCCGUCGGCGACAGACCGACCGUCUCCCUUUGUUCAACCCGCCGGCGCCGGCGCUGGCGUCGGCGUCGGCUGCGGUGACGGCGAUGGCGGUGGCGGCGGUGGCCGUCGGCGCCGCUGCCGCGUGGGCCGCCGUCAGCUGCUUCGCGCUCGGAGGCCUGCGGCCUCGGCGCGCCGGGGCGGCGGCGGAGGCGCGUGCGCCGAGGAGGGCUAGUAACCCGCUGGAGGCGCGCGACCAUCUGGGCGCGGCAGCGGAAGCUGGGGCGAAGUUCUUGGACGCGAGCGCGAGUGCCGUCACGGGCAUGUCCACGCAGGAUCGAGCGGGACGAGCUCACGGCCAGGAUGAUGGGCGGACAGACUUCAACGACUACGUGAAGAUGACCAUGCUGCUGAAAAAUAAGGGCGGCAUCGGGGGCCUCGCGACGACCUUGAGCAGCGUCCAAGGUCUUGACAAGCUGGAGGGCGCCAUGGGCAUGGCGCAGGGAGACGAGAGCGAGAAGAAGCUGGAGACUUACUGCACCAUCAUCUCGGCCAUGACGCCCGAGGACCAGCGGGAAUCGCCGGGCAUGUUCAUCUUCAGCGAGGCCAAGGAGGAGAACAUCCAGGGGCUGAUAAAGGCGUCCGAGGUGCCCGAGGAGACGGUGAGGGCAUUCCUCGGUGAGUUCGAGAGCAUGCGCUUCGUCUUCCUCAAGCUCGGGGCGGGCAUGCGCGAGGGGAAGUCGCACGACAAGAUCGCGAAGGAGAUCGACCAGGAGAGUUGGCGCGGAAGAAGGAGGCGGAGUACAAUGCGGAGAAGGGCGAGGCGUUCGACAUAG